UUUGGAAGAGAUGAAUAUAUUUUAUCCGGAAAUCAAUAUUAAAAAUGAAGUCCAGAAAUUGAUGGUAAAUGCAGACCAAGCCUAUGAACAGUAUAUGCAGGAAAAGCGGAAAAGAUUAAAAGCACUGCUACAAACCGAAGAAAUGCAACAACAAAAGGAACUUUUGGAAAAACUCCGUGAGCAGGAGGUUGAACGAUUGAAGGCUAAGGAAAAUGCUCUAUUGGCGAUCAAGCAGGACAAGGAACGCCAAAGGGAAGAGUUUAUCAGAAACAAAAUGAUUCAACUUAAACUCAACAAUUGUGAUGAAAUCCGAGCCAUAGUCCAACAGAAAUACCACGAGGAAUCGAAACGAUGUCAGUUGGCACAAAUCGGGGAAAAGGUGAAACUCAAACAGUCUAAACUGGACGAAGAACGGCUCUGGAAGGAAGUUCAUGUAAGGAAUUAUAAACUGCAGCUCGAUCGUGAACUGACCGAGAAACGAAAGAGAAAUUCAAUGGAAAGCCAGACUUUGCUCGAUAUCAAGGAUCAAAUGAAGGAACGCACACUGAGAGCGGAAAAGGAGAAGGUUGAACUACAGGAAGCCCAAUGUACGUCGCUGCCCUUCCCUGAGCACGAUCAUAAACUGAUUCAGAUGAAGAAGAGUGACUUGGCAGAGAAACUUAAGGAACAGAUGGCCACAAAUGCCAUGUUGCAGAAGAAACGAGACGAGCAGGAACGAGAAGUAGUGAAAGCAUUGAAUGAAGGCAUGCAUCGUGAGCUGGCUCGAGAGAAGGCAGCUCGUGAAGCAGAGAAAGAAAUUUUGAAGAAGCAAAUCAAUCAGUAUUACCAAUAUUCGAAGCACGUAGAGAAGAAGCGUUCGAUUGAUGAAGCCAAGAUGGAUAAGCUCAUCAAUGAUAUACGGGAACAAUAUGACAAAGCAGCGAUCGAAAAUUGCAAUAAAAUUCUUCAGAAGCGUUGGGGAUUAGCAGAUUGUGUCUAUGAGGGCCAAAGGAAACAGAUUGCGGAAAUGGAAGCCCUUCGCCGGCAGCAGGAAGAAGAGAAAACAAUGGAAGGUGCCCGUGAGCGACAACUGUUUGAAAAACAUCGCCAGAAUAGUAUUGAAGCGGGCUACCGGAUGCAAACUGCUGCAAGAAAGUAUCACGAAACGCUCAAGGAACAGAUCAAGUCGGCAACAAUCGAACGAGAACGUUGCAAGCGCCAUGACCAAACACAAACUAACCGCUUGCUUGAAGCCACUGCCAAAGAGCUGGACUUUGUGCAGAGCUACGUCAAAGGAUCGUUCGAGAGCCAUUUUAAAAAGCAUCCGAAUACGGCGUUGAUGAAAAAGAAGUUCUGA